CUUGGCAGUUUUCAUUCCCUUCAGUCCCUCUAUAAAACCCUUCAACGAUCACAAGCUCAAACCGUGGAGCAAAGAAGUAGUAGUGUACUUGAGAGUGAAGAGAAAAAGGAAAUUAGCCAGAGAGGAGAAGAAAAAAGGAAAGAAAUAGCCAUGGCUGCCAUCUCAAUGAAGUCCUGCAUGUGCCUUGUUGUGUUUGCUGUGUUUCUUGGGAUAUCUGGGUUUGCUGCAGUGGAUGGAGCAGGGGAGUGUGGGAAAUCCACCACUCCUGACAGGGAAGCUUUCAAGCUGGCCCCUUGUGCAUCGGCAGCACAGGAUCAGAACGCUGCUGUUUCGAGCCAGUGCUGCGCUCAGGUGAAGAAGCUUGGCCAAAACCCGGCUUGCCUCUGUGCUGUGAUGCUCUCCAACACUGCCAAGAGCUCUGGCGUGAAGCCGGAGGUUGCCAUGGCCAUUCCCAAGCGCUGCAACCUUGCUGACCGCCCUGUGGGUUACAAGUGUGGAGAUUACACAUUGCCUUGAAGUUAUGGAGCUGGAACUGUGGACUCUGUGGUGGCCUUUGUAUAAUGUUUUAUGUACUUAGUUGUGCUGAUGAACUGGAGUGUUACAGAGUUGUUGCUUGCUAGUUGAUCUAGCUCAAGCAUAUAUGUACUACUGCUGUGACAUCCAGAUCUAUCCCAAAUAAUGAAUAAUGAUUGGAUCA